UGUUUGUUGGAUCGCCAGCUGUCAGCCAGCACUCACUCACUCACUCACUCCCAUACUCUUGAAUGCUGCAGCCGCUCACUGCGCCGUGCUGCAGUGAGGCAGCAUUUACUUCAGCCCGAGAAGAGGGGAGGGAGAUGAAUGAACAGCACAGACCGAGCUGGGAAUGAUGACGUGAUGGGAGGAGAGGAAGUGCUGGGAAAGAGGGAAGCUGGGUUGGAUGAAGGGAAGGGAGGGGAAAAGAUGAUGUCAAACUGAAACACAAUCUGCCUCUCCGCUGCUCCUCCUCAACUUUGCGCACACCCGUAAACACACGGAGGAGCCGUCCUGCUCGCACACGUCCUGCCAAACAUCUCCCGCUCGGCUUCCUGCUGCUGAUCGGAGGGAAGCAUCGUUUCAUGUCAGGACCGAUAUGACUUGAAGGCAGGUUUUGAGGGACUUAACGCAGCAAGAAUGAUUUCUGUUCCACGCAUUUGGAGUCUGUGAUUCGAGCUGUGGACUGAAGUGGAUGACGCCUGUUGAUCUGGCCAUAAAUGCACCACUGGUGCAGGGUAAGAGGAAGAGGGAGCCCUGCGUCAGAGUUUUAGGAUGGCCAGUGAAGGCUCCACUCUUCCCAGUCCUGUCGUCCGCCAAAUUGACAAGCAGUUCUUGAUCUGCAGCAUAUGUCUGGACCGCUACGAAAACCCCAAAGUACUACCCUGCCUGCACACCUUCUGUGAGAGGUGCCUGCAGAAUUACAUCCCAGUCCACAGUCUCACUCUGUCGUGCCCUGUGUGCCGCCAGACCUCCAUCCUUCCGGAGAAGGGUGUGGCGGCAUUGCAGAAUAACUUUUUUAUCACCAACCUGAUGGACGUGCUUCAGCGGGCCCCAGACAGCUGCAGCCAGGAGGCCGCCGUUCUCAACAACAUCACCGCCGUGGCCACAGGCCAGCUGCUCUCCUGCCCCAACCAUGGAGGCAGUGUAAGAGCCACUCACCCAGUCUGCACAGGCAUAAUUACCUCCAUAAUCAUGGAGUUUUACUGUCCUCCGUGUGAAACGGCCAUGUGUCAGGAGUGCACGAGCGGCGAGCACGGGGAGCACCCCACCGUGCCCCUCAAAGACGUCGUAGAGCAACACAAGGCCUCGUUGCAAGACCAACUAGACGCCGUCAAGAAGAGGCUACCAGAGAUCGACUCCGCCCUGCAGACGCUGUCGGAGAUUCUGCAGCAGCUGACCAAUCAGAAGAGCUCCAUCGAAGACGACAUCCAUACCACUUUUGACGAGCUGCAGAAGACCCUCAACGUGCGGAAAAGUGUGCUCCUCAUGGAGCUGGAGGUCAACUACGGCAUCAAGCAGAAGGUGCUCCAGGCCCAGCUGGAUACGCUGCUGCAGGGCCAGGAGGGCAUCAACAGCAGCUGUAACUUCACCGAGCAGGCCCUGAGCCACGGCACCGAGGCCCAGGUGCUGCUGGUGAAGAAGCAGAUGGGCGAGCGUCUGGUGGAGCUGGCCAGCCAGGAGCUGCCCCUGCAGCCCGGAGAGAAUGACCAGCUGGACUUCCUCGUGGAGACAGAGGGACUGAAGAAAUCCAUCCAUAAUUUGGGCACUAUCGUGACCACAAACGCGGUGGCCUCUGAGACUGUGGCGACGGGUGAAGGGCUACGGCACUGCGUGGUGGGAGUUCCCACAUCCAUCACCAUAACCACUAAGGACAAAGACGGGGAACUGUGCAAGAUGGGCAACGCAGCCAUCACUGCUGAGAUCUCCUCACCCGACGGCAGCAAAAGUGACGGGGAGAUGCUGGACAACAAGAAUGGCACCUAUGAGUACCUAUUCUCUGCCGCUAAGGAGGGCACCUAUAAUCUGUCACUGCGUUUAUACGACCGACACAUCAAGGGGAGUCCCUUUAAGAUAAAGGCCACAAAAGCCAUCGACGUGUCACCGACUUCAGAUGGCUCGAAGAAGAGGCUGAAGUCCCCCGGCAGUGGGCACAUCAAGCAGAAAGCCUUCAAAAGGCCGGCAAGCAUGUACAGCACCGGGAGGAGAAAAGAGAACCCCAUUGAGGACGACCUCAUCUUCAGAAUCGGCACAAAAGGGAGAAACAAAGGGGAGUUCACCAAUCUGCAGGGCGUGGCUGCCUCCUGUCUGGGAAAGGUGCUGAUCGCAGACAGCAACAACCAGUGUGUUCAGAUUUUUUCCAACGAUGGCCUGUUCAAAAGUCGUUUUGGCAUUCGGGGCAGGACCCCGGGUCAGCUGCAGCGGCCCACGGGUGUGGCUGUCCACCCCAAUGGCGACAUCAUCAUUGCUGACUAUGACAACAAAUGGGUCAGCAUCUUUUCAAGUGAAGGCAAGUUUAAGAACAAAAUCGGCUCAGGGAAGCUGAUGGGACCUAAAGGCGUGGCGGUGGACAGGAACGGCCACAUCAUCGUGGUGGACAACAAGGCCUGCUGCAUCUUCAUCUUUCAGGCCAACGGCAAGAUGGUCACCAAGUUUGGUAACCGAGGCAACGGUGACAAACAGUUUGCAGGCCCACACUUUGCUGCCGUUAACAACAACAACGAGAUCAUCGUGACGGAUUUCCACAACCACUCAGUCAAGGUAUUUAACACAGAAGGGGAAUUCUUGCUGAAAUUUGGUUCCAACGGUGAAGGCAAUGGUCAGUUUAACGCCCCCACAGGAGUGGCAGUGGACAUCAAUGGAAACAUCAUAGUCGCAGACUGGGGAAACAGCCGGAUACAGGUGUUUGAUGGCAGCGGUUCUUUCCUCUCCUACAUCAACACGUCAGCGGACCCGCUCUACGGCCCACAGGGACUGGCCCUCACCUGCGACGGCCACGUUGUGGUCGCAGACUCUGGGAACCAUUGCUUUAAAGUCUACCGCUACCUGCAGUAGCGCAAUCUCAAGGCACAACCUGUGAAGUGUGUGUAUUUAUAGACAGGCUCACACAUAGUAGAAAUAGACUGGAACACCGUUCACUCAUCCACCCACCUACUCGUUCACGAAUGGAGCUGCCGUUGUGCCAUCUGUUGGACUUGUUUCCUCAUGUUUGAAUUCCGGAUGUUGAGAAGUGACAGAAUAGAAUUUAGGUACAAAUUAAGCAAGAGGAUCUCAGAUGUCUAUAGCAUGCUGCUGCCGACUGGUGCUUUGAAGAGUCGAUCAUAACUUUGUCCCCAUUCCAUCUACAGUUUAGGGAUUUUAAAAAUGAAGCUUCAACAGUUAACUUGCGGUAGACCUGUGAUAUCUCAACUCAUUGCAGAAAACUAAGGAUCAACACUUGUGCAUUUGUACUGAAAUUACUGGCGUGUUAGGUGAGAGAAAAUUCAAUAAAUGUAACUUAUUUACCUGAAUGAUAGUGGGUGAUAGAAACAUUUACUGCAGUUUAAUGUUAAAAUGUCGUCACGAGUUCUCUCAAUCCGUCUGGUCACUUGGCUGGAAAAAUAUUGCACCUUUUGCAUUGUAGGAUGCCUUGAGCAUGAUGAGGCAUUGCUGGUGAUGUUGUUUUUACAGACUCCACCACGUAUGCAUCACUGAGUUUUCAACAUCAUCAUAGAAAAACAGCAGCACUAUUAUAACAAGAACCCUAGAUGUGAAACCAAAUAUCAUCUGUUGUCAUUUUACAUCAACAAACAGCCCAGUUAUCAUUAGAUUGAUGUUUGAGAACCAAAUAUGUGUUUGUGUGAGUGUUGCUCCUGUGGAUUUUGGAUGUGUGUGAAUCCUGUCAACAAGUUUAUCUUGCAGUCCACUGUGGUCAUGUGCAAACACCAGCUAAAAUGCAGAGAACAAAUGUGACAUUUGAAAUCUAACCACACAAGAAGCAGAGCUGCGGAAGUGGGAACACCAUCACUGCUCUUCAUGUGCUCUUAUGUCUUUUCAAUAGAAACUGUAGAGUUAUUAGCAGGUUGAAGUGUAGUUAAAUUUAUAUCUAUAUUAACACAAAUGCAACUUCUAGUUUGACACAUGAAGAUGUGUCUGUUGUAAAAUAUGCACAUAUUUUCCUCUAGACAGCCUUGUUCGGUGUUUGUCCUCAAGCACACAAUUGUUGGCAUUUCUUGUCCUAAUUUGGUCAUUCAUUUUCUACACAAAUCCUGUAAAUUUAUUUCAUUGUCUUGUUUAUAUUUUUAAUGCCAAAUGAAAUUAAAGUGCCCACAAAAAA